AUGCAAUUAUUGAUUGCAGCUUUAAAUUUAUUUUUAAUAGAUAAAUUAAAUUUGCUUUAUUUAGAAAAAAAUAGUAACAAGGACUGUUUGAAAAUGGAGAUAGAAAGUUUAAAAUAAUAUAUUUUGGAUCAACAGAAGAUAAAAUAACUUUUUUUGCAUGAAAAUCAAAAAUAAAUCAUAUAAUUUGAGAAGCUAUCAAAUUUAAAAUAUCUAUAUAAAAUUGAUAACGAAAUAUUCUUUUUGGCUUAAUAGGUUUACAAUUCUACCAUUAUAAAAGUAAUAAAAAAUGAUUAAAAAACAGUAUGCGAAUUAAGAAAUUAGAGUACAAAUUAAAAUGAAAAUUUAAUUUAUAUUCAAUAGUUAUCCUUUAUCUAAUAUUUAAAAAAUUUAACUUCAUACACUUUUGGAGAGAUAGAUGAAAAACAUAAUCUUCUUUUAGUAAAUAAAAUAAUUGUGAAUAAUGAAAAUCAAGAUGCAUUUGAAGAGAACAUGAAAAAAAUUGAAACUUGUUAGAAUAUGUAAUCCUUGCAUUUUAUAUACAAAGGAAUUAGAUGCACUAAAAACAUUGAGUUUUUCUUGCUUGCUCAGUAAGUUCAAAAGUUUGAGAAAUUGUUGGAUUUAUUUUUGGAUUUCGAAUUUAAUACAAUAGAAAAAAAUAACCAAAAACAAAAUACUAAUCAGGAAAAAUAAAACUUGUUUUACUUGCUUUAAUAAUUACCAAAAUGUAGAAAUUUGCAUAGUCUUUCCUGUAUCUUCAACAAUUGUCGUCUCAAUUAAGAAAGAGGAAUUAACUUUGUUACUGAUUAAAUAUCAUAGUGUUAAAGCUUAGCUUACUUAAGCAUUUCAUUUUGGAAAGAAAUGAUUGAUGCUUAAGGAAUUUACGAAGCAAUGCAGAAUAUUUCUAAAAUGAAAUAGCUUACAUACUUAAACAUCAACCUUUAAGGAAAUUAAAUUGGGGAUGAAGGAACCAUAAAAAUGGGAUGGUAGAUUUCGAGAUUGAUUAAUUUAAGACAGCUUAAAAUUGAUUUAUGGGGAAAUAACAUAAAAUCGGAUGGAGUUUCAGGUUUUGCUUCAGAAAUACAGAAAUGUUCGCAGAUAAUUCUUUUAGAAUUGAAUUUAAGAUAUAAUAAUAUAAAUUCUAACGGAGUUAUUGGUUUGGCAAACGAAAUACAAAAUUAUCUUAAUUUAAGGAAUUUAAGUCUUUUAUUAAAGGACAAUGAUUAAAUUUCUAAAGAGGCACUAAGCAUUCUAGGAUAGCGAAUUUCAAAGUGCUCUUAGAUGCAUAGUUUAACUCUCGAUAAAAGAGUUACAAAAUAAAACAAUACUUAUAAGAUGAUUCAAAAAAGCAGGAAAUCACCAAGACUGGUAAGCCUGAAACUGAAAUUCUCUUGA